AUGAUAAGUCCUUCGACAACAACAUUACCACCUAAUAAUCGAUCACGUGUUAAACUCUAUACAUUAAAUGAAGAACGUCAAUGGGAUGAUCGUGGAACAGGUUUUGUAACAUGCACAACACCAAUUGCACCUAAUACAAAUCAUGCACUUAUUGUUAAAUCAGAAGUAGAUGGUUCAACGUUAUUGGAUUCGAAAAUUUUAUUAAAUACAAAAUAUCAAAAACAACAAGAAACUUUAAUCGUUUGGUCAGAAGGAGAUAAACAUGAUUUAGCACUGAGCUUUCAAGAAAAAGCUGGUUGUGAUGACAUCUGGGAAAAUAUAUGCGAUGUUCAAGGUAAAGAUUCUUCAUCAUUCUUAAAUAAUUCGAAUUUAACAUCUGAAUCAAAUGGUUCAACAAUCUAUGAAUCCGAUGAUGAAUGUGCUGGUGAAUCAAAUGAUAAUUAUUUACCAUCAACAAUAACAUUACCACCAGUUGAUUUAUCUCAUUUACGUGAUAUAUGUGAUUUAUUUAGUCCAGAUAAAGUUCGUGAUGCAUCACGUCGUGAUUUAUUAGCACGUGCAAUUGAAUCUGGAAAUUAUAUUCGAAAAUUAAUCGAUCUAUUUCAUAUAUGUGAAGAUUUAGAAAAUAUUGAAUCUUUACAUCAAAUAUAUGAAAUUAUACGUUCAAUAUUUUAUUUAAAUAAAUCAAGUUUAUUUGAAAUAUUAUUUAGUGAAGAAUUUAUCAUAGAUGUUAUUGGUUGUUUAGAAUAUGAUUCACAAUUAAAUUAUAAUGAAAAACGUAAUCAUAGAGAAUUUUUAGAUACAAAAGCAACAUUUCGAGAAGUUAUACCAAUUAUUAAUCAAGAAUUAUUAGCAAAAAUUCAUCAAACAUAUAGAGUACAAUAUAUACAAGAUGCUAUUUUACCAGCACCAAGUUUAUUUGAAGAAAAUUUAUUAUCAACAAUGAAUAGUUUUUUAUUUUUUAAUAAAGUUGAUAUUGUUACAUUAUUAUAUGAAGAUCCAAAAUUUCUUAGUCAAUUAUUUUCAACAUUAAAAGAUGAAAAUUUAUCAGAUGAAAAACGUAAAGAUCUUAUGUUAUUUCUUAAAGAAUUUUGUGUUUUUUCACAAACAUUACAACAACAAAAUAGAGAUAAUUUUUUUCAAGCGCUUGCUACUCAUGGUAUAUUGAAUGUUAUACAAGUAAUGCUUAGUCUUGAUGACACAACAACAAAACAAGCCGCACUUGAUGUAUUCGCAUCCAUAGUUGAAUGUAAUCCAUCAACAGUUCGUGAAUAUAUGUUACAAGAAACACAAUCAACACAAGACGAUGAUGAAUUACUUCUCAAUCUUGUUAUAAGUGAAAUUCAAAGCGAUCCUGAUCCAGAAUUAAGUGGUGCACUUAAUCUAAUGAAUUAUCUUAAAUUAUUAAUUGAUCCUGAAAAUAUGAUGGCUGUAUCAAUAAGUGAAAAAAACUGA